CAUGACUCCUUUUAUAAAAAUAUUCUAAUUUGAUCAUAAAAUACGUCUCGUUUAUUUUACCUUAUAUAUUUCAGGGAAGUCUAUGGUGUCACUGUGAGGAUGAAAAGUGUUGUGAUUCUGCCUCAGAUCAGAGGAAGGAAAGUAGAGGUUUCUUACAACUGCAUAGGGCAAGAGAAGAGUUUAGUCUUGUAUAAAUUUUAUAUAAUUUCUGUAUGUAGAUUGAUUGAAUGUGGUAUAUCUAUGUGUUGGCAGCAUGAUGCUGCUUGUAUAAGUUUUAUAUAAUUUGUGUACGUAGAUUGAUUCAAUGUUCUGACUACCUAUACGGUUAGGACAGAAGUUUCUGGAAUAACAAGAAAGAGAAGGAGAUUGCCUGAUGAAAGUGAUUGCAGAAAAGAAUAAGCGUUUGUUAGUAAGUUCAACAGUGAUGAUGGAUCUUUUACUAAAAGCAGACUGCUUUGUGAUCAGUCAAGAGUGGAUGAUGGAGCUUCUUCCAGAUCGGAAGAGAGGAGAGUCAAAAGUGGGGCUGAUCAAUGGAAACUCAACUAGUGAACAUGAUCUUGUCAUGAAGAAUGAUCUUGAACACCUGUUGCAUCUUUUACAUGGAAAGGGAUGGGAUAGGCCUUGGCAAUAUCUCAUGGACCACUCUACCUCAAACAGGGCGUAUCAAGCCUGGCACCAUGAGCUUGAGCUAGUGGUGCAUCGUGCUGAGUUGGAACGAAUGAACUACGAGAAUCAGAGACUGGGGGACAUGGUGGAUGAGGUGACCACCAAAUACCAAUUACAACAAUCUUCGGAUGCAUUUAGUCGCAUUUAUGCAGCAGCAGCAACAGAAAGUGGAUAAUAAUGAAGUAGAAGCAGAUGUUGUGAUAAUAAUAAUAAGGGUGAGCAAUUUGUUAGACAAAAUAGCAUGCGAAAUACAGUGCCUACACGGAUCAUUGAUCUCGGUCACAAUUUUCGGUGAAAGAAAAGCUAUAAUUUCUUA